GGGAUCAGCAUGCUGCUGCUUUCUAAGAGACAAGAGCUUCACGAAGUUUGGUUCUAGUCUGGUCCUGUUGCUUUGAAACGAAACCAUGGCGCUCCUUGAGGCUUAUGAAGAGCAGUAUCAAUCGCUCGUGCGAGAAAUCAAUCUGCAUCUAGAUCGUCUGAACAAAUUGGGAGAACAAGAGCAAACUAACGCGGACGAAUGGAAUUCGAUCUAUCAGAAGGCCAAGCACAACGUGGAAGACGCUGAGGAAGUUUUGGGAAAGUUAGGAAUGGAAGUACGCAGCUGCAAGGGAGAGACUCGCAAGGCAUGCGAGAAUCGGUUGAGGCAGUACAAGAUAGACAUCGGAGUGUGCAAGGAUACUCUGUCGUGUUACCUCCGAAAGCAAAGAAAGGUGACGUCAGCGGCGGAGAGAGAUGAUUUGUUCCGCAAUCAGAACAACGGCGACAAGUUCAGCGGCAACCUUACGCUGUCGGCUGAACAACGAGCAAGAUCGUCUGUCGUUACUGAGCGACUAGAGAAGUCAACACAGCGGAUCAAGGAGAGCCGGAGAGUCGCACAAGAGACGGAAAUGAUCGGAGCCGACGUGAUGCAGGAUCUGCUGCAGCAGCGAGAGACCUUGCUGCAUGCUCGUGAUUCCUUGUCCGAUGUCGACAACAACCUAGGCGAAAGCCGACGGCUCGUCAGGCUGAUGCAGAAGAGAAUUACUCAGAAUAAGUGGAUCAUGUACGGCAUCGUCGUGGCGGUCGUCGUCUUCGCCUGCAUCCUCAUCAUCUCUCAGCUCAAGUCUUCGGCGAGCGAUCUUAGCACGAUGCCGGCGCUGCAGCCUCUGCCUACAAACAACUCGACGAAGCAUUGAGGAAAGAACUUCCUUGUGGCUCAGUACAUCACAUUGUUGCAA